ACAGCGGUUCUCUGCCUUUCAACAAAACGCCUCGGUGCUCUCACACACAGUCCAAAUGAAAACUAUCUGAGCACCACAGAUUAGGCCCGAAGCAGCCUACAUUUUCUCUGCCCCUCGGAGUCUGAGCAGGGGGAGAUUAGGCGGGGAUUAGAGCCCACUGGACCAGCUGGCCACCGAAUUCAUCCUUAAAAUAUCUCAGGAAUGUUGAUUUCCUCGCUCAUGUUGGAGAAACGUGAAACCUGCUGGAGGCGCUGUUUCGUGCCCCCGUCACCAUCAGACAGGUUGCUAAGGUGGGAGCUGGGCACCGAGCACAGACACAACAUUGUUCUCCGGCAGGUUGGAGGGAGACGGAGCGAGCUGGCAUCAUAGAUCACUCCACAGGAACAGAAGAAAGUCCAGUCCAGUUUCAAUCGAGCAUCAGGAGGUGAACUUAUAAUGUGUCACAGUAAUUUACUUUUUGUAAGAUAACAUACAGUUGAGGAGUCUUUUUCUAACAAGUGAUCACCUGAAAGCAGCGUGAUCACUUCAGGACUCUGCUUCAUCAGACUGCGUUCUUCCUCAGCUUUGCACAAAGGAGGAUCUGUGCGCUGCAGGUGGAUAACUGCGCUCAGGUAACGUAACACGAAACUGAAGCAUGUGACCAAUGGCGAUCUGAAGAGUCGACGGAAAAAAAAAAAAAACUGCUUUACAUAAAAGCGCAGCAGCCGGCGGUGCAGUCGAUGACUGAAGUCUCCCGGAACUGUGCUGGACGGAUUAAAGUGGCGUUCUGUCCUGAGAUGUCACCUGUCACCUGUCUGACUGGACCGAACCAUUCGCUGCAGGUUCAUCUCUGACAAGGUGAGGCGGAAGCGACAUGGCUCGCGCGUGAGGAAACUACCUGCUGGAUGUUGGCAGUUCUGCUUCGAUCACCUGAAAGCAGCGUGAUCACUGAAGGGAGGCAAUAAAUCCACAAGGUGCACCUGAUGAAAUGGACCCGAGCUGAUGCCCAGAAGCCCCAGACGGCCCCGCUUGGCCCCGCUGGUCACAGGUAGAGAGAAAUGGCAGCGUGCCUGGAUGUCCUCGCCAUACCUGGAGUUGUGGUCGGGAGCGUUUUACUGCUGGUGCUGAGCAGUGAUCCUGUGUGGGGGAAUUCUACUACUCUGGCACCACACACCCACACUAACGGCACUAAUGACCCUAAUGGAGUCAACAUCGCGGCUAUCGUCGCCCCCACCGUCAUCUUUGGCGUUCUGGCCAUCGUCGCGGCCGUCCUCGCCUGGCUCUUCUGCGUGGUGAAGAAGAAGAGGCAGACUGAAGGGACGUAUAGGCCCAGUGCCGAGGAGCAGUCCGGCGCCAGCAGCGUGGUGGCACCGGAUGCGCUGAAGCUACCGAAGGAGGAAAGACUCAUUUGAGAACUCCUGAAAGGAAACACGACGAGGCUCUCCACCAUGAGCUGAUCAAUGAGAGGAAAGUCUGAGCAGGUUGUUCAACGAGCACUGAACAUUUUCCUGAGAGCGCCGGGAUCGACGGAUCCAAGGGAUUUUAAAAACAAGUGAACAUUUCAAGGAGGUUUUGAACGUUUCCUAUGCACAAAUGAAACGAGAGCUUCAGUAUUUUAUUACCACUAAUAGUUUAAGUUUAGAGAUGUUUUCCAUUCAGUUGCCUUAAUAUACAACUCGCCUGUACUUGAUUUCAUACAGUCUAUGAUGAUUUACUGUCACUGGCAAAAAUCACUACCGAUCUCUUACCUCAAACCUUUGCCUCUGAGAGUCCUGAUGAGUCCGCUGCAUUUUAAAUUGAAACAGAUGUUUAUUUUUUAUUCUAUUACUCUAAUAACGACUGGUCACCACACUGCGAAAACUCGAUUUGAUUUUGAAUCUUGAUUUUUACAAAGACUGGUGUUGAAAAAUUAGGUUCUGCUGAGAAAUCACAUCGAGCACAAGCAAGCGAUUGUUUACACUUUUCUACUGUUCCUCAAGUAAUCAGAGUCAUUUCAAGUCACGCUGUUUGAAGAAAAUCAUUUCAUCGCAUCGACCACGCAGUGCUUUAUGCAUCGUGAUCAGGCAGAAGUGUUUACAAUUUCACAAUGUUUCUGCUUCUCUCAGAUUAUUAACAGCCUCUUUUGUAAAAAUCGUCGAAUGAUUAAACUUUACAAAGCAAUGAAACUAUUUAAAGCACGA